GCAAUUCCGUCCAAAUUAGUCACAAUAGGGCGACAUUAUGGACUUCACACGUGAGAUUUUGAGUUUCCAGUUUGGCACCUAUGCCAAUUAUGUUGGUGCACACUUCUGGAAUCAGCAGGAGGCAAACUUUGUGUAUGACGGCUCCAGCAGCCAGGUGGCCGAGGAACAGCUGCCGCAAAACGAUGUACUGUACAGAGAAGGUCUCAACGACUAUGGCCAGACUACCUAUACCCCUCGUCUGCUCUCCGUUGACCUGGCUGGCAACUUGGCCCAUCUGCCAAUCGUGGGAGAAUUAUAUGGCAACUAUGUACAGCGUAAUGAGGAGCUGUUGCCUCUCACAACAGGCAAUCAUCUACAGAAGACUAGACAGAGUGCUGAGCAAAAUAACCUCUCAACCGUCGAUCAGUUGGAAGUGCGCGAGCAGCCGCAAGUCCCGAUAUCAGAGUAUCAGCGGGAUCUGCUUAAGGGAGCUAUAGAGUCCGGCAAGAACUACCAACUGGCCGAUACAACGCGUAGCUGGGCUGACUACCUGUACGCUAGAUACCAUCCGCGCACACUCAAUGUACUGCCGGACUUAAUUCGCGACAGCGAUGUUCAGGCUUUGGCCACACAAGCAGCUGGAAAGGAGAUCUGGGAUGGGGACGCCUUCAACGAAGAUUUCUGCAACCGCAUUCGCCAAUAUGUGGAGGAGUGCGAGGGCCUACAGGGCUUCCACAUUCUUUUUGACAUAGACGACGGCUUCAGUGGCCUGGCCAGCAAGUGCAUGGAACAUUUGAACGAUGAAUAUAGUCGCGUGAGCUUUGUUCUGCCGCUGCACUACCCACGGAUUCCUUCAUAUAACCAAGCAGAUCCCCGAACUGCCCACAGUAUUCGCGUGGUGAACAGCGUGCUGAGCUAUUACCAUCUCAGCGAGCAGGCCACGAUGUUCACACCGCUAGCCACGCUAGAGACCAUCUGGCGGAACAACACCUUACAGUCCCGUCGCAUGCCAGGCCUCGAAUGGAAAACUGGAAACCUCUACCAGACUUCGGCUGUGCUCGCCGCCUUCAUGGACACCAUGACGCUCAGCUACCGUCUGCGCCAGACGCCCCAGUCGCUGGUGCGGUUCUGUGAAAAUGUCUGCCCGGUUGGACGGAAGAUGACAGCAGCUGCCAUGGCCCUGCCACUUGGAAUGCAGCAGGAGCAGGACCUGAUCGACUAUAUGGACCACAGCGGCGACCAUUCACUAUUGACCCAGCUGACGCCGGGUUGCGAGGCUGGUACCUCUUAUGUGGUGCAGUCGGUGAUGGCCCGCGGAAUUCCUACCAGUCGAUUGAAACGUCCUCAGGAGACGGCCGGACCCCAGCUACGGAUGGCUGCCUAUGGCUGCAACAGUGUCUCUCAGAUGCUUCAGCUGUAUUAUCAGUGCAGCUUCCAUGGCAGUGUCACCAAUGCUGCCUCCACUCCCCUGCCCUUCAAGACUCAAUUGCCUUUCCCCUACGAGAUAUUCCAGCCGAACAUCGCCACGGACGGCUUCAAGGUGGCUGGGGGCGGGGAACGCGAGUCAAGUACCCGCGUGGAGUCGACUCCAGUGCUGGCAGCCCUGCAGAACUCUACCAAACUUGGCGACCAUCUCGAUAAUCUCCAUACCCAGACCCAUCGUGUCCAAAUUGGAAAACUGCAGUCGUACUCCCAGUCGGCCGUCGAUCGGGAGGAGUACGAAACGGCCCUUGACAAGCUUCUCGAGUUCCGCGACAACUAUGCCGAUCAGCAGUACCUGUAAGUGGAUCCUCUUAGGAAGAAGAUAUCCGAUUGUCAUAAGACUAGAUUAAUACACACAAUAAACACUCAUCCACAUCGUUGCGCAAAAUA